GGAAGAAGGGUUUGCACCAACAGACUGGCUUCUCGGGAUGGAGCAGUACGAGACUCCCCGAAACCUAUUUUUGUGGGCCAUCGGGGGCUUUUUGUUUUCCUUUUGGAAAGUGAAAGCAGUCAACUGGUUUCUGUCAUCGCAAGAUGCAAAACUUCGGGGCAUGCGCUGGCCACUGAGAUUUGUCUCCCUUCACUGGUCUGGGUUCCGAUUCAGGGAGCUUAGCCCCCAACCUCACAAAUGAGAAGAGACAUCCCUGAAAGGCAUCUAGAGAUCUCUCUCCUCUGGUGGAUCUGGAGCCGUGGAGGAUGGAGCCCUUGGACCAGAGAAGAACUGACUCUGAUCAAGAGGAGGGCUUUGGGGUGCAGUCCCGGAGGGCCACUGAUCUGGGCAUGGUCCCCAAUCUCCGACGAAGCAAUAGCAGUCUUUGCAAGAGCAGGAGGCUUCUGUGCUCCUUCAGCAGUGAGAAGCAAGAAAACCUUAGCUCAUGGAUUCCCGAGAACAUCAAGAAGAAGGAAUGUGUGUAUUUCGUGGAAAGUUCCAAGCUCUCGGAUGCAGGGAAGGUAGUGUGUGAGUGUGGUUACACCCACGAGCAGCACAUUGAAGUGGCCAUCAAGCCUCACACCUUCCAGGGCAAGGAGUGGGACCCAAAGAAACACGUCCAUGAGAUGCCUACAGAUGCCUUUGGUGACAUUGUCUUCACCGGCCUGAGCCAGAAAGUGGGGAAGUAUGUCCGACUCUCCCAGGACACGUCGUCCAUUGUCAUCUACCAGCUUAUGACACAGCACUGGGGCCUGGAUGUCCCCAGCCUCCUCAUCUCUGUGACCGGUGGGGCCAAGAACUUCAACAUGAAGCUGAGGUUGAAGAGCAUCUUCCGGAGAGGCCUGGUUAAGGUGGCCCAAACCACGGGGGCCUGGAUCAUCACUGGGGGUUCCCACACCGGUGUGAUGAAGCAGGUGGGCGAGGCGGUACGGGACUUCAGCCUAAGCAGCAGCUGCAAAGAAGGCGACGUCAUCACCAUCGGCAUAGCCACGUGGGGCACCAUCCACAACCGUGAGGCACUGAUCCAUCCCAUGGGAGGCUUCCCCGCUGAGUACAUGCUGGAUGAGGAAGGCCAAGGGAACCUGACCUGCCUGGACAGCAACCACUCCCACUUCAUCCUGGUGGAUGAUGGGACCCACGGGCAGUAUGGUGUGGAGAUUCCGCUGAGGACUAAGCUGGAGAAGUUCAUAUCGGAGCAAACGAAGGAAAGAGGGGGUGUGGCCAUUAAGAUCCCCAUUGUCUGCGUGGUGUUGGAGGGUGGCCCUGGCACUCUGCAUACCAUCUACAACGCCAUCACCAAUGGCACACCCUGCGUGAUAGUGGAGGGCUCCGGCCGAGUGGCUGACGUCAUCGCUCAGGUGGCCGCUCUGCCCGUCUCUGAGAUCACCAUCUCCCUGAUCCAGCAGAAGCUCAGCGUCUUCUUCCAGGAGAUGUUUGAGACUUUCACCGAAAACCAGAUUGUGGAAUGGACCAAAAAGAUCCAAGAUAUUGUCAGGAGGCGGCAGCUGCUGACGGUCUUCCGGGAAGGCAAGGAUGGUCAGCAGGAUGUGGAUGUUGCCAUUCUGCAAGCUUUACUGAAAGCCUCUCGAAGCCAAGAUCACUUCGGCCACGAGAACUGGGACCAUCAGCUGAAGCUGGCCGUGGCCUGGAACCGUGUGGACAUCGCCCGCAGUGAGAUCUUCACCGAUGAGUGGCAGUGGAAGCCUUCAGACCUGCAUCCCAUGAUGACGGCUGCCCUCAUCUCCAAUAAGCCUGAGUUUGUGAGGCUCUUUCUGGAGAACGGGGUGCGGCUGAAGGAGUUUGUCACCUGGGAUACUCUUCUCUGCCUCUACGAGAACCUGGAGCCAUCCUGCCUUUUCCACAGCAAGCUGCAGAAGGUGCUGGCAGAAGAGCAUGAACGCUUAGCCUAUGCAUCUGAGACACCCCGGCUGCAAAUGCACCAUGUGGCCCAGGUGCUGCGUGAGCUCCUCGGAGACUCCACACAGCUGCUGUAUCCCCGGCCCCGGUACACUGACCGGCCACGGCUCUCGCUGCCCAUGCCACACAUCAAACUCAACGUGCAAGGAGUGAGCCUCCGGUCUCUCUAUAAGCGAUCAACAGGCCACGUUACCUUCACCAUUGACCCAGUCCGCGAUCUUCUCAUUUGGGCCAUCAUCCAGAACCACAGGGAGCUGGCGGGCAUCAUCUGGGCUCAGAGCCAGGACUGCACAGCAGCCGCACUGGCCUGCAGCAAGAUCCUGAAGGAGCUGUCCAAGGAGGAGGAAGAUACAGACAGCUCUGAGGAGAUGCUGGCACUCGCGGAUGAGUUUGAGCAUAGAGCUAUCGGUGUCUUCACCGAGUGCUACAGAAAGGAUGAGGAAAGAGCCCAGAAGCUGCUUGUCCGUGUGUCUGAGGCCUGGGGGAAGACCACCUGCCUGCAGCUGGCCCUCGAGGCCAAGGACAUGAAAUUCGUGUCUCACGGAGGGAUCCAGGCUUUCCUAACAAAGGUGUGGUGGGGUCAGCUCUGCGUGGACAAUGGCCUGUGGAGGAUCAUCCUGUGCAUGCUGGCCUUCCCUCUGCUCUUCACUGGCUUCAUCUCCUUCAGGGAAAAGAGGCUGCAGGCACUGUGCCGCCUGGCCCGCGUCCGCGCCUUCUUCAACGCGCCGGUGGUCAUCUUCUACCUCAAUAUUCUCUCCUACUUUGCCUUCCUCUGCCUGUUUGCCUACGUGCUCAUGGUGGACUUUCAGCCCUCACCAUCCUGGUGCGAGUACCUCAUCUACCUGUGGCUCUUCUCCCUGGUGUGCGAGGAGACACGGCAGCUAUUCUACGAUCCCGAUGGCUGCGGGCUCAUGAAGAUGGCGUCCCUGUACUUCAGUGACUUCUGGAACAAACUGGACGUUGGGGCCAUUCUGCUCUUUAUAGCAGGACUGACCUGCCGACUCAUCCCAGCGACGCUGUACCCUGGGCGCAUCAUCCUGUCUUUGGACUUCAUUAUGUUCUGCCUCCGCCUCAUGCACAUCUUCACCAUUAGCAAGACACUGGGGCCCAAGAUAAUCAUCGUGAAGCGGAUGAUGAAGGACGUCUUCUUCUUCCUCUUUCUCCUGGCGGUGUGGGUGGUGUCCUUCGGAGUGGCCAAGCAGGCCAUCCUCAUCCACAAUGAGAGCCGCGUGGACUGGAUCUUCCGCGGAGUUAUCUAUCACUCUUACCUUACCAUCUUCGGGCAGAUCCCGACCUACAUUGACGGCGUGAAUUUCAGCAUGGACCAGUGCAGCCCCAAUGGUACAGACCCCUACAAGCCCAAGUGUCCUGAGAGUGACUGGACAGGGCAGGCACCCGCCUUCCCCGAGUGGCUGACAGUCACCCUUCUCUGCCUCUACCUGCUCUUCGCCAACAUCCUGCUGCUUAAUUUGCUCAUCGCCAUGUUCAACUACACCUUCCAGGAGGUGCAGGAGCACACAGACCAGAUCUGGAAGUUCCAGCGCCACGACCUGAUUGAGGAGUACCACGGCCGGCCCCCGGCCCCUCCCCCACUCAUCCUCCUCAGCCACCUGCAGCUCCUGAUCAAGAGGAUUGUCCUGAAGAUCCCCGCCAAGAGGCACAAGCAGCUCAAGAACAAGCUGGAGAAGAAUGAGGAGGCAGCCCUCCUGUCCUGGGAGCUCUACCUGAAGGAGAAUUACCUGCAGAACCAACAGUACCAGCACAAACAGCGGCCAGAGCAGAAGAUCCAGGACAUCAGUGAGAAAGUGGACACCAUGGUGGAUCUGUUGGACAUGGACCGUGUGAAGAGAUCAGGCUCCACAGAGCAGAGGCUGGCCUCCCUUGAGGAACAGGUGACUCAGAUGGGCAGAUCUUUGCACUGGAUCGUGACGACCCUGAAGGACAGUGGCUUUGGCUCAGGGGCCGGUGCACUGACCCUGGCCAGAAAGGAAAUGGACGUGAAUGGUCAUAGUCUUCCUCAGGUGGGGCCAUUAAUUUGGACAGGCCCUGUAGCAGCUGGCGAUGUUACCCCAGCUCAGUGUGGCUUUAGUGCAGCCCAAAGGGCCUUCGACGAGCCAGAUGCUGAGCUGAGUAUCAGGAAGAAAGGAGAGGAGGGAGGAGAUGGCUAUCAUGUGAGCGCCCGGCACCUCCUCUACCCUGAUGCCCGCAUCAUGCGCUUCCCCGUGCCUAAUGAGAAGGUGCCUUGGGAGGCAGAGUUUCUGAUCUACGACCCUCCGUUUUACACAGCUGAGAAGAAGGAUGCGACUCUCACAGACCCUGUGGGAGACACUGCAGAACCUCUGUCUAAGAUCAAUUACAACGUCGUGGACGGACUGAUGGACCGUUGCAGCUUCCAUGGGACCUAUGUGGUCCAAUAUGGGUUCCCUUUGAACCCCAUGGGCCGCACCGGGUUGCGUGGUCGUGGGAGCCUCAGCUGGUUUGGUCCCAACCACACUCUGCAGCCAGUUGUUACCCGGUGGAAGAGGAACCAGGGUGGAGGCAUCUGCCGGAAGAGUGUCAGGAAGAUGUUGGAGGUGCUGGUCGUGAAGUUGCCUCAAUCCGAGCACUGGGCCUUGCCUGGGGGCUCUCGGGAGCCAGGGAAGAUGCUACCACGGAAGCUGAAACAGGUCCUCCAGCAGGAGUACUGGGUGACCUUUGAGACCUUGCUAAGGCAAGGUACAGAGGUGUACAAAGGAUACGUGGAUGACCCAAGGAACACGGACAAUGCCUGGAUCGAGACGGUGGCUGUCAGCAUCCAUUUCCAGGACCAGAAUGAUGUGGAGCUGAAGAGGUUGGAAGAGAACCUGCAAACUCAUGAUCCAAAGGAGUCGGCCCGUGGCUUGGAGAUGUCUACUGAAUGGCAGGUUGUAGACCGGCGGAUCCCUCUGUAUGUGAACCACAAGAAGAUCCUCCAAAAGGUGGCCUCGCUGUUUGGCGCUCACUUCUGACCGUGGGUUCUUGUGGAAGCUCCAGGGGAAGGGGUGAUCAUCCAUCAAUGACCCCCCUCCAAGACUUGGACUGGGUGGCAGGUUGGGGUACUGGGUUGGGGUGGUAGGUUGUAGGGCUGGGUUGGGUGACCACAGGGAUCUUAAUAAGUCCCCAGAGGUACUGUCCUGAAAGCCACGUCUGCCACAACAGGAGGAUCACAGCAUGAGGACAGAAGUAUUGUAUUCAGUGGCUCCUGAAAUCUAUGUCCUCAAGUGCCAUGCCUUGACUAGAGUUUAUGGGGCCCUGACCAGCACGAUGCUGCCACUACUCAUAGACCUGGUUGGAAGUGCUACCUCUAGGACAGGUGCUUUCCCUCGGAGGGACCUCUGUCCUCAUCGUGGGAGCCUUCUGUCCUAGGCAUAAGGUAGACAGAGGCUAUGCCUCCUUCAGGAAGAGACACUGCUCUCAUAACUCCUGGUCAGUGCUGAGUCACAGGCACUGAGGAAGGCCGUGAGGGCUUUGAGCUGGGAUCACUGUCAUCUCUAGACUUUAGAAGGGCUCCUCUGAGGACACUCGGGCAGGAGCACACCCUCCCUCAGCUCCAGUGCCAGCUCUGCUGGUCACAGAAAACACUGGAAGAGGACAACAGGGUCCCAUGUCACUGCUUCUAGAGAAAUGUACAACUGAGAACAAUAGGCUUUCUCUCACAGGGUAGGUGACGGGGUAGGUGACUCAAGGAUUGGUACUGGCUAGGAGAUCAACUCUGUAGUGGGGGGGGGUUGUUGGAGGAACGGGCAAUGUCCGGGUUUAAUGGGAUGGGGACAAUAAAGAAUGUGUAUGAUCAA